GAGGGAAUGAAGUCGAACCAGCUCAGAAACGCGCCUGACCCGGUUCAGUUGUGAUUUCCCACGGGCUGACGCGCUCAAGCUUGCGCGUACCAAGGACAGCUCACUUGCAUACUUACUAUCAUGACUUCCAUCGGCACGGGCUAUGAUCUUUCAGCUAGCACAUACUCACCAGAUGGUCGUAUAUUCCAGGUCGAAUACGCCAACAAGGCAGUCGAGAACUCAGGCACUGUGAUUGGGCUACGCGUCAAAGACGGUGUUAUCCUUGCAGUGGAGAAGCUCAUACACUCCAAGCUCCUUGUACCAGGAGCUAACCGACGCAUUCAAACAAUAGACAGACAUAUAGGCAUGGCAUCCGCCGGCCUUCUCGCCGAUGGCAGGAAAAUAUCACAGCUGGCUCGCGACUCGGGGGCCCAGACUCGAAAACAGUGGAGAGAGCCUCUCACUGUGAAGGCCCUGUCAGAUCGCGUAAGUUGGAAUGCCCAAGCCUACACGUUGUACUCGUCCGUCCGCCCGUUCGGUGUCAGCACGAUCUUUGGUGGCGUGGACAAGAGUGGCCCUUCACUUUAUAUCGUCGAGCCUAGCGGUGUCUGCCUAGGAUAUCAUGGUGCGGCAGUCGGCAAAGGCCGUCAGCUGGCCAAAACUGAACUGGAGAAGCUUAACCUAUCAGAACUGUCGAUGCGUGAAGCCGUGAUGGAGGCUGCAAGAAUAAUAUACCUCGUCCAUGACGAUAACAAAGAGAAGGAAUUUGAGCUAGAAAUGACUUGGGUUGGUGCUGAAUCGAACGACCUUCAUUUGCCUGUACCGGCCAACCUCCUCGAGGAGGCAAAGAGCAUGGCAAAGGCGGCAUUAGAAACCUUCGAGUAAUUCGGACAAUAGCACGCUUGAUAUCAUUUUCCCUCAGCUUGCCCGGAAUUUU